AUGUUUGCCACCUUUGUGGACCUGUAUCUUAACGAAUCCCACCUUAAAGCUCUUCCCCCAGCUCUUCUUCAUUUACCUCCACUUACCGCUCACAAUGAAGAAGACCUCUCUUGCUUCUGCCUGAUCUCUGACAGCCUCAGCGUAGAGGAGUUCACAUUUGUACAAGCCAGUGUCGUCCUUGAGCUGGCUCAGGAAGCGAACAGAGAGGAGAGGAGAGCUGAGCAGAGGGGUGGGGAGGGAGGAGGUUAUGCCAGCAACUGCCUGUGCGCCACGCCGGGACUCCGCGGUCCAAGUAGGCGAGCAGAAGAUGCUGCUGACGAAGUGAAGACGGACGGUAACAUCAUGGUGAGGCGCUGCCUCUUCUCCUUCAAGCCCUUCAGGAUUUUUAUGUUUGGCAUUGGAGUCUUCAGUUUGUUUCUCUUCAUAACAUCACUUGGCGGCCAGCUUUUAACAAAGAAGAUGGCAGAAUAUCCUUUUACUAUCCGAAAUGAAGUCCUAGGCUCAGCGGAGUCUCGUGGUGUGCUGAGAAGAAUAUGUGACAUGCUGGAAACCAUCAUGAAGCGUAUUGAUACUCUUUCACGGAUGGAUAAUGCUAGUGACCUAAAGAGACUGGAAGAACUCAGUCUGGCCAUAAGCAGGUUCCAGCCAGCUAAUCUAAUGGAGAAGAUCCAAGCAAUUGCACAGAACAUGUCAAGCAUGGCUGCCAAGGUGGAUCAGAUCUUACAAAACAGGGAGGCCAUUAGUAGAGCCAAAUAUGGGACUGUCAACCAGUGUGAAGUCCCAAAAGAUCCCCGAUACCCAGAAUGCCCCAACAAAGUGGAUUGGAUGAGAGCACGCUGGACAUCUGACCCCUGCUAUGCCUUCUAUGGGGUAGACGGAACAGACUGCUCCUUUGUAACUUAUCUGAGCGAGGUUGAAUGGUUCUGCCCUCCUUUGCCCUGGAGAAAUCACACAAUCUUGUCCACUCAUAAGCCUAAGGAAAAGCGACAGGCAGCUUUCCGCACAGAUUUAACUGCACUUUUGGAACAGAUGAGCACAGGCAAGGAGUCUUUAAAGUUUAUGAAGAGGAGAAUACAUCACCUGACCAGACAGUGGGCACAUGCAGCUAACAGAUUGGCACAGAGGCUGAAGGACAAAUGGAGGGAACAGAAGCUGGUCCUAGUACAUGUGGGCUUCCUAACUGAGGAGUCAGGAGAUGAAUUUAGCCCUAGGGUACUAAAAGGAGGUCCCCUGGGAGAAAUGGUGCAAUGGGCAGACAUUCUAACAUCUCUUUAUGUCUUGGGACACAGCCUAAAGGUCUCAUUUUCAGUCAAGGAGCUGCAGGGCUUUCUGGGAGUCCCACCAGGACGUGGAAGCUGCCCUUUGACCGGGCCAUUGCCAUUUGACCUUAUCUACACUGAUUACCUUGGACUACAGCAAAUGAAACAAAAUAUGGGCUUGUCCUUGAAGAAACACAGGUGCCGGAUUCGAGUCAUUGAUACCUUUGGUACAGAACCAGCAUACAACCAUGAAGAGUAUGCUACACUUCAUGGGUUCAGGACGAAUUGGGGCUACUGGAACCUGAACCCUAAACAGUACAUGACCAUGUUUCCUCACACACCUGAUAACUCCUUCAUGGGCUUUGUGACUGAGGAGCUUAAUGAGACAGAAAAAGAGGAGACUGAGAUAGGCAAACAGCACCGGAUGGCUGUUGCAUAUGGAAAGGAAGUGAGCAUGUGGAAGCUGCAGGGCAAGGAGAAGUUCCUUGAAAUUCUGCACCGGCACAUGGAAAUCCACAGCACAGUGUACUAUGAACAACAGCGCCCCCAAGAGAUACCAGCCUUCAUCAAAAACCAUGGCAUUCUUCCCCAGCUGCAGCUGCAGCAGUUGCUUCGUAAAGCUAAGCUCUUCGUUGGAAUGGGGUUUCCAUAUGAGGGGCCUGCUCCCUUAGAAGCUAUAGCCAAUGGGUGUAUCUUUCUACAGCCAGGAUUCAACCCACCCCACAGCUCUCUAAAUCAUGCCUUCUUCAAAGGAAAGCCAACAUCCAGAGAGAUUUCUUCACAGCACCCCUAUGCAGAGAGGUACAUUGGUAGACCCCAUGUGAUCACUGUGGAUUACAAUAACCUGGAAGAGUUUGAAUCUGCAGUCCUGGAGAUCAUAAAAGUCAAAGUGAAGCCCUACCUGCCCUACGAGUACACAUGUGAAGGAAUGCUGGAGCGCUUACAUGCUUACAUCCAUUACCAGGAUUUCUGCACCCCUGAUGUUCCUGUUGCUCCACAAAAUGCCUCUGAGGUGCCAAGGAGAUAUUUAGUUCGUCUACCUAACUCCAUGGCAUUUGGUUGGCCAACGAACAUGUCUAGCCCACUUAUGUGGCCUCCACUGAGUGCCAUGCAGCUGUGGGUUUCUGAAGAGGGUCAGUCAUGUACUGAGCAGUGCCAGUACCGCAACCUGGUGUGUGAACCUGCUUUCUUCAGCCUUAUCAACAGCAAGGAUGUCUUCCAACAGUUGCAGAUCCAGUGUGAUCAAAUGGAGGUGGAGAUGAAUCACGUUUUUCCAGGUUUCUCCUCAAGCAAGAAAAACUGUUUUCUCCAAAAAGAGCCACUGCUGUUCAGCUGUGCUGGCUUCAAGCAUAAACACCAGCGCCUCUGUCCCUGCCGGGACUUCCGUGCCGGUCAGGUGGCACUCUGCACAGCAUGCUUGUGAGAAGCUGUCAAAAUUCCUUGCCCUGCAGGAGUCCCUCCCCACCUCUAGCCUACAACCUGACAAGAGGACAGUACAAGACAGUGGGCCACAGACAGUCCCACUCUGGACAAUCAUGGGCAUGUUGAGUGAGCUGGAGUGCUCAUAAUAGUCCCUGGGGCUUGCCCUUGGGGAUCAUCAAUGGCAUUACAUGACAGUCUGCCUUGCACACGUAAAUGGCUGUGGAUGGACAACAGUGUUUGCCAGGAUAAAAAGGGGAAAUUCAGAUGUUGCAAAAAGUGCCUGCAAAGAUCGCCUGCUGUCACCCUAUGGGGCAGCACAAAGGAUUUGCUUCUGAAAGCUUAAUUAGUGUCAUCCGCAGGGUAGAGUUAUUUCAGAAGGCAUUUCAAAUCCCAGUGGCAUGCAGUGCUGCUCCAGGGCUCUCUUGUUUACUAAGACUAGAAACAUUUGACAGCAUUCUUUGAGGUUGGCUGCAGGGCUGUCUGAGUGUUUACAAUUAGUAAUCCUUUUGCACCUGCCCUUGGUUGGGUGAAUUCUGCACCCAGUGCCCUUGAAAAGGCCUGAUUUCAUGCAGAUCAUAAGCAGAAAAUUAGACAACAGGCCACAAGUUAAGCUGAAAUACAAGAUCAGAGCUGGGUGCACAAGCCACAUUAGCCGGCUGACAAGUCGAGAAGUGCGUAUCAUCUCAGCUACACACACACACUCCUUUGAACAUUCACAUGUACCUAAGUGUGUUAAUUGAGGGCACUCAUGCACAUGUCAGAGCAGCGACAUACAACAUGCAACACACCUGCUUGGAAUCGCACACAUCAGAGAGGUCACACACUGCACAUAUACACUAGUGCAAUCACAUGCAGUUGUCCACUCACACAACUCUGUGCAGUCAUACAUCAUGGUGGUUGUACACAGUACUCAUCAAAGCUGUCAUAUAAAUUUGCACACCAUUAUAGGGUGGUCAAAGAUGUGCAUAUAAACACACAAGAAUGCAGUCAAAUGUAUAAAACACAGAUUCAUGCAGUUAUACAAACAUCAGUGCCAUUACAUGCAUGAUAUAUGCACCUGUAAUCACACAGUCCAGUAAUGCCUGCAACUCUACCUACAUGCUGCUCUCAUAAGCAAAAAUAACAACCAUAAACACUUGUAUGUUAUUUUAUAGUUAUACACACAUACACAACUGAGCAUUAUAAGAAAAGGCACUAUAUAAGCGCCUGACCUGACACAGAUGGACACG